AGUCGAAGUCAAAGAGCCUCUUCUGACGGACUGGAUCAAAACGUGGCAUGAUAUCGUCAGUUUGGUUCGAAAGUGAGAGCGCAGUAACUUGGAAUCUGGCACCUACCUUACCGACGAGAGCGUUCGGGACGCUUAUGAGAAGACGUUACUGGGAAACUAUCUGAAAGGUAUUUUUCUUGGUAUUAUGGCGGCACUCUGCUUCAUUGGACGAUUGGAUACGCCAGGAUUCCAUGGCUACUCCAUUGGGGGAAAUGACCAAAGUGCCCACGAGCGGCUGCAUCAUACCGACUCAGAUGGAGUUUGGGGUUGCUCAACCAGCCGGGCGGAUGACUUUCAUGAAAACCGAGGAAGGUCACUGGUAACUAUGUCCAAAACAUGCUCAAAUAGGAGACUUGACUGCAUCAUAAUAGUCCUCCGCUGUAACUCCAAUAUACUGAGACUACAGAGUGAUGGAACACACGCAGUCAUUGCCGGAUUCUUGGCCUACGGCCUUGGCCCGUUGUUCACGUCCUAUAAAACGCAUGAAAUAGCCGUUACUCAACCGAUUUUUUAUCGCUAUUACCACACCGAAACAGGCACUUAUAACGAUAAUGGCUCAAGACUUGGGAUGAACCAUCAGUGUUUCGAUGUUUUCAAAAGACACGUCAUGAUCUCCGACCCAAGGCUUCUCCUCGAGGAUAUUGAGGCACGAGGGGUUCAGCUAAGGACAUUCGCGCUAGUCUAAUCUGCCUUCGGAUGAGCACGCUGUGUAUGAAAAUUGCAACGGGCGGAAACGACAAUAUGGCAGGAGGCUUGUUACCAGUGUGUCUCCUCUCAGCA